CCUCCUGAUAGCCAGCCUGAGUGCUGGCCGAACCGAAAGGGGCAGGGCGCAGGUGGUGUCUGAUACCAGUCUUGCUCCAUCUGUCUUUGAGUGCCUCACAGCCCCAGUAUGAGUCCAUCAGCAAGGAAGAGGUCCAAGAAUAGAAUGGGUUCCAAGUUACAAGAUGAAGAACCACAGGACAAGAUACCGAAACCUGUGAGCAAAGUAAUUAAGCGGGACCGACUUAAGAUGGUAUUAAAAAAUUUGUCGCUCUUGAAGCUGCUCAAGAGCUCAAACCCCCGGAUCCAAGAACUGCAUAGCUUGGCCAAGAGGUGUUGGAACUCACUGCUCAAAGUUCCGAAGAUCCUCGGGAUCCCCAGCAGGAGCCGCAAUGUCUGCAAGAGAGUGGAACAAGAUAAGGAAAAACUCCAAGAGGCCAGGUGCCACCAGGAGACACUGGAAUCCAGGAAAUCACAGUCCACAGGGGAGCUCACGCUGGGGUUGGAGGAGAGGAACGAGGCACAGCAGUCAUCCGAAGCAGUGCUCCAGAGUGAAGAGAAGGUGGAGCCUGAGCUCCCAAGGACAUCAAAGGAUCGUGGCCUGACCGCUUUCCCUGGAGCCCAGGGAAGGCAAUUGCCUAAAAGAGACCCCGUCUUCCUGAAGACCUACCAGCACAAAACUCCCGUGCGGGACAAGCAGCAGCUGGAGGCAGCUGAGCAGCGGGUCUGGUUUGAGGGGCUGCCCACACGAAUCCACCUCCCCGGGCCUCGGGUGAUGUGCAGACCAUCCGCUCUGCGCUGGGUCAAGCGCCGCUGCACCCGCUUCUGCUCUGCAUCACUUGAGCUGCCCAUGUACCACCCAUACAGAGUGUGACAACACCACUCCAGGCCAGCUGGGCCCAACGGUGGUACGGCCUUGGACUGGCUGGAGCCAGAGGUGUGAGGUGACAACGGAGAUGGCAAAAUCAUCUGAGCGGGAGGGAUGGGCGGGAAAAUUCACGAGUCUACAAAUAAAAUCUCCCAUAGGGAACUGGAGAAUA